AAACUUCUAGACACUAAACAUAAACAUUCCAAUUUCAUAACCUUUUUAACUCUGUAAAGCUGCGUUGGAACAAUGUUUAUUGUUAAAAUCGCUAUCCAAAUGAACUGAAUUGAGUUACUCGUUCAUCGACAGGUCGCUCCAAUCUGGCAACCCAGGUGAAGAGCCGUUUAGGGCAGCGGGCAGCGACGCCACAGUCAGACUGAUUCAGGGCGGGAGAGGGAGCUGGAGCAGGAGCAGGAGCCGGUUAUUCUAUUAGCAUAUCCGUUAUUGCUGUUAAAAUAUCCCGGUCAUUUACAGAGUAGAUCAACACCAAUCAUUUAUUGCCUAAUGGCUACGGCUACUACGGAUAAAGGAAAGCCGGUACAUUGGGAUGUAACUGAAAGCGCACCUAGUUUAGCACACAGCAACCUAAACAACAACAACAACAAUAAUAAUAACAACAACAAAGACAGCGAAGGAAGUGAAGGAACCACGACACCCACGUCUACAUCAAUCGACACGAGCGGCACAGAAAGCAGUGUACCGGGGAACGGAGCUGGGAUCAGCAACACAGGAAGCGCGGACGGGAAAUGGGUCCGGCUUAAUGUCGGCGGUACCGUGUUCUUAACGACGCGUCAGACACUGCUCAAAGAGCAAACAUCCUUCCUGUACCGACUGUGCCAGCAGCAGGACCUGCAUUCUGACACGGAUGAAACAGGCGCCUAUGUGAUCGACAGAGACCCUACAUACUUCGGCCCUAUACUCAACUACCUCCGACAUGGGAAACUGGUUUAUAACAAGGAACUGGCUGAGGAAGGUGUCUUGGAGGAGGCAGAGUUUUAUAACAUCACUCCACUGAUUAAAUUAAUUAAAGAGAGGAUUCUUGACCGAGACUGUAAAGCAUCUCAGGUACCCCCAAAGCAUGUCUACAGGGUGUUGCAGUGUCAGGAAGAGGAGCUGACGCAGAUGGUGUCCACAAUGUCAGAUGGCUGGAAGUUUGAGCAGGUCAGCGUGCGUGCCUGCCGAAAGCCACGGCCCGGACUGCUCUGGACUAUGGUGAAUAUCGGAUCAUCGUACAGCUAUGGUACAGAGGACCAGGCUGAGUUUCUUUGUGUUGUGUCCAAAGAGCUGCACACAUCUGGUGGGGGCCUGGGGACUGAGCAGAGCCACAAGAAUAAGGCAUCAGACAAUCAGAUGGAGGAAGGAGAAAAAGAGGAGCAGGAAGAGGAAGAUGAGAAGGAAAGAAAUGCCACCCCAAAUGAGUGGAUUUAGAGAUUAGGAGACUUGUGUCAUUGUUCCAAUCGCAUGAAUAGCUUUUCCAGAUUCAUGGAUCCCGGAUGUAGAGCGUGCACAUUUUUUUGUAUUGCCAUAAUUAUUUUUUUUAGAUACUGAAUUGUCUCUCUCAGUGAUUUAGUGGGAAAACCAGCAACUGAAAAAUAAUAAGUAUAUGGAACUGUGUGUAAAGCAUGUGUAAAAGUAAGUGUGCUACAAAAAGUGGACAAAGUAUUACUGUUUAAGCAAAAGUUAAUAGAUCUUACUAACCUGUGACCAAAGGGCAAACAAUUGUGGUAUAACUCAUGCCAACUUUAGUGUAAUGAAACAGGGAUAAAAAAAAAAUGUAACCUGGGCCAUUAUUCAGCAUUUCAGUUAAUAUUAAAUUUCUAUCAUACCCUCA